CCACCCGUCUAUAAAUACUGGGGAGCAGAGGGAAGAGAGCGUCACUCACUUUCCACUUCACACUUCACUCUCGGCUCCUAGUAAGUCUAACGUUUUUUAGUUUAAUUAAAAUGAAGCUCCUCCUCGUCUUCUGCUGCUGCUGGAUGGCGAUCGCCACGGCAUCGACCACACCAACCACGACGAAGGAGACCGAAUCCACGGAAUCCACCCCAAAAGAAUCCGCAGACGACACUCCACGACCCAAGCGAGGUUUCGGUGGUGGUGGCGGCGGGGGUGGUUACUCUAACGUUGGUGGGUAUGGAUCCACCGGGGGAGCGGCGGCUAUUGCUCAACAGGCUGCUAAUCAGGCUAAAGCGGCGCAGGCUGCACAGGGAGCGGCUUCCUAUCAGGCUGCUCAACAAGCCUCGGCGACCUUGGCGGCGCAGGCUUCUCAGGCGGCCCAACAAGCCCAAGCUGUCGUGGCUGCUAAGCAAGCCCAGGCUGCUCAAAUCACACAAGCUGCUCAGGCUGCGCAGGCUGCCGCACAAGCUGAGGCCACCUUAGCAGCGCAAGUCUCGCAAGCUGUUCAAGCUGUGGAAUCCACCAAAGUCCAGGCUAUUCAACAAGCUCAGGCUUUACAGGCCGCGGCCCAGGCUGCGCAGAAUCAUGCGGCGCAGGCCGCCGCCGCCCUGCAAGCGAUCCAGAACGUGCAGGCCGCUCAGGCUCAAAUGGCUUAUCAAGCCCAACAGAAUGCUCAAGCUCUCGCUGCCAAACAACAAGCCUCGCUCGCGGACUUGGCCGGAGCGCAGAACGCCGCGAACAAGGCUUCCUCCGCUGCCGCGCAGGCGCAGUCCAACGUCCGAGGCUACGGACACGGCCACUAAAAAAUCCCCACCCCCCCCAAGAAAUGAAUAAAUUCUAUAAUAUUUUUAUUAUAUAAAGAGAAAA